AUGAAAAGUACAAAUAUUAACAAUGAUAUUCGAGAACUCUCUUACGAUAUAAACUCUUUGCUUGAUUUAAUAAUAAACAAACAAGCGGUUUAUGUGGAGAAGUAUACAAUUCAAUUAUUUGGUCGAAAAACAAAUGAAGAUGUUGAUGAGGCAGUCACAAGAGUGGAAGGCCUUUAUGACCAAAUUACCGAAGUUGAAACUCGUAGAGAAGAGUUAGUUGAGUUAGGUGAAGUACUUUAUUCCAUUUGUUUUGAAAUAACAGAGGUGACGAAAAAACUUGUUUCUGGGUUGAAAAAGGACAAGCAAGUGCUUGAUACAACAACAAACAGUCUCGUUGAAAACAUGAGUAAAUUAGAAGAUGAAAAAUACAAUCAAAUUGUAAGUUGCAAACAACACGGCCUUGCGCUUGUCACCGCACAACAUAACAAGAAGAUAACUCAAAUUGAAAGUCGAAAAAUUCGAAUUCAACCAACUACAACUCAAAAGGUACCUGAAAUUGUCUACGAGUGGAUUGGGUGCAAACAUAUGAAAACUAUUUUUGACUCGGAAGUAGAUGGGUGGAAUAACAAACAACGCUCUAUAAAACGUAUUUGCAAAAACAGAGGAAACUUGGUCUUCAUCGUUACUGGAAAAAAUGGAAAUCAAGUCGGAGCGGCUUUAUCAUAUACACCAAUUGAUGAUGUUGAUUAUUACGAAACGUUGCAAUUAAGGAAUAGAAAUGGGAUAUACUCAGGAAUUAAAUUUAUCCUCCAAAUUAAAGGUCGCCCAUAUUAUUAUGCAUCCCACGAUAGGGAAAUGUACUUUGUUAGGUUUAAUGAGUACUCUUUCCAAUUUGGACAUUGUGGAUCUGUCAGUUGUGACAAAAAUAGCUGUAGGUUCCGUUAUGAAUCUGAUAGUAAACUUAAACUUGAUGAAGAAACGUUUGAUGUUGCUCGAGUUGUUAUUUAUCAGGCAAAUUUUGUUUCUCCAUGGACAGACAAAGGCCCACUGCUUCCUUUGAGCAAAUAA